AAGGAAGUAGUGACGAGCCAGUCGGACUACGAGACAAGGCAGGAACUACAAUUCCCAGCUGGCUGCGCGGCCGCGGAUGGCGGCCGCGAAGGAGAGCGGGCAGAGCAGCCCUGCGCGCGCGGCGGGGAUGGAACGUUGCUAGAGUUCGCGGGUCUAGCAGCUAGGGGCUGGAGCUGCACGCCUGGAGCCUUCGCGCGCCAAAGCGGGAAUCCAGGAGGCGGGCAGCUCUGCAAUUAAUGCACGUAUUUAAAACUUCCGAACCUGUGGACGCCAUGCAUAGGAAGCACCUCCAGGAGAUUCCGGACCAGAGUAGCAACGUUACCACCAGCUUCACGUGGGGAUGGGAUUCCAGCAAGACUUCUGAACUGCUCUCAGGCAUGGGGGUCUCUGCCCUUGAGAAGGAGGAGGUGGACAGUGAGAACAUUCCCCAGGAACUGCUCUCAAACCUGGGCCACCCGCAGAGCCCCCCACGGAAACGGCUGAAGAGCAAAGGGAAUGACAAAGACUUUGUGAUCGUCCGCAGGCCUAAACUAAAUAGAGAGAACUUUCCGGGUGUUUCAUGGGAUUCCCUUCCGGACGAGCUGCUUUUGGGCAUCUUUUCCUGUCUAUGCCUCCCUGAGCUGCUAAAGGUCUCCAGUGUUUGUAAGAGGUGGUAUCGCCUAGCGUUUGAUGAGUCUCUAUGGCAGACCUUAGACCUCACAGGUAAAAAUCUGCACCCGGAUGUGACUGGUCGGUUGCUGUCUCGAGGGGUGGUUGCCUUCCGCUGCCCACGAUCAUUUAUGGACCAACCAUUGGUUGAACAUUUCAGCCCUUUUCGUGUACAGCACAUGGACCUGUCAAACUCGGUCAUAGAUGUGUCUACCCUCCACGGCAUUCUGUCUCAGUGCUCCAAGUUGCAGAAUCUAAGCCUGGAAGGCCUGCGGCUUUCAGAUCCCAUUGUCAAUAAUCUUGCGCAGAACUCAAAUUUAACACGACUAAACCUCUCUGGGUGUUCUGGAUUCUCUGAAUCUGCCCUGAAGACUUUGCUAAGCAGCUGUUCCAGACUGGAUGAGCUGAACCUUUCCUGGUGUUAUGACUUCACUGAAAAGCACGUGCAGGUUGCCGUGGCGCACGUGUCAGAGACCAUCACCCAGCUGAAUCUUAGCGGCUACCGGAAGAAUCUCCAGAAAUCAGAUGUCUCUACUUUAGUUAGAAGAUGCCCCAAUCUUGUCCACCUAGACUUAAGUGAUAGUGUCAUGCUAAAGAAUGACUGCUUUCAGGAAUUUUACCAGCUCAACUACCUCCAACACCUAUCACUCAGUCGAUGCUAUGAUAUAAUACCAGAAACUUUACUUGAACUUGGAGAAAUUCCCACACUAAAAACACUACAAGUUUUUGGAAUCGUGCCAGAUGGUACCCUUCAACUUUUAAAGGAAGCCCUUCCUCAUCUACAGAUUAAUUGCUCCCAUUUCACCACCAUUGCCAGGCCAACUAUUGGCAACAAAAAGAACCAGGAGAUAUGGGGCAUCAAAUGCCGACUGACGCUGCAAAAGCCUAAUUGUCUAUGAAGUAUUUAUUGCAGAAUGGUGUCUCCUCUUUUUUUUUUUGGAACAGGAAAAAUUAAGCAGGAAGCUCAAUUUCGGGAACAGUCAGCUAGUUUUAUUCUUGGUUUUCCCUUUGUCUUCAUUCUGCAAGUAUAUUAGGGAACCACUUGAGAGGGAAAAAUAUGAAGUGUUGCUUUUUUGAAAUGACUAUAAAAGCUUGUAUCAUCACUGCUAUGUUCUUAAGAGCCAAAGUUCUAGGCCUGAAAUUUUAGGAGAGUGAGCUUAUAAUGUCAAGAUACUUUAAAGGGCUAAAUUUGAGCCACCUCUUCCAAGUGCCCUUCUUAAGUCUAUUCAGAAUCAAGCUUAAAAGUUACCACUGGCAAAUAAUCUUCAUAGCCUGUGUGAUAUCUUUUAUCUGUUUAAUUUUUCAAUAUUGCUUUAUAAGAUAUGGCUUGGAAAAACAAUAAAGCUAUUUGUAUCGUAAGCUAAACAGAAAGUGAAUCAUAGGAUAGUAGGAUUUGAGGCAAACUCUUCUGGGAAUAGGAAAAAAGGUACGUUUCAAUUUUGCCUUUAGAUUUGAAAUUAGGUUACUAGAAAUAAAUAGCUCCCUGUAAUUCACCUUAAAACCUAAAUAAAAAACAAAUAAAUAAAAGAACAACCAGACAUAGAAUUGGUAUAGGAUUUGAAGGCUCAGAGACAAUUUUCUAUGGCAGGUUAAUUUGAAGUAUCCUUUAAUGUUCAUAAAGGUACUGUGUUCCCAGAAAUAAUUGUGGUUUUCUAACUUUAUAAUCAAAUUAUGUUAACAUGGUUCUUUAGCUUUUAAAGUGACUUGCUUUGUUUUAGAAAGAUUGUAUUAAUCCAGUCUCUAUUCUUGAAAAGUUGGAUGGAAGAAUUCUGAACUGAAGUUGCCUGCUCUUUUCCUUUAGUGCUGAGGUUCUUGAGGUUAUUUUUAUAUUACUCUGGAAUCAAGUAUUUUAAAUUGUCUUUUUUUUAAUGGUCUCACAAUAAUUGUCUGAAACUAUCCAUUUUAUAAGGUAUGGAACCUAAAGUUCCCUCAGAACUGCAUGUUCCCUUCAAUCAGAAAUACACACUAGAAGCAAGUAUGUUCUGUGCAGUUUCAGAGCAGUAAGCACGACUUUGCACCUACAUAAAAGUUAAGGUUCAGGUGUUUAACCUUUUGAUAGCAUCAGUGAAUUUUUUUUAAAAAACUGGUACAUAGAAGCAAAAAGAAUAAAUUUUGGAUUUUAAAAAUCACAAAAAACUAGUUUAAAUUGAUGACCUCCUCACAUGUAACAAAAAGCCAAAACCCAUCAUUUCUAUUAACUGUUUUUUUUUUUAAUUGAAAUUUUUAAAUGUUAGAUACACUAGUAUGAAGUGCCCUUAUCUGCUCAGACCUAAGGUAGUUUUAAAGUAGUGUUACACAGGAAAUGAUUAUGCUUCAAUUUCUUAGUAGUUAAAAAGUGCUAAAUACUACUUGAAAUUAUUGUUUACAGAUUAGUGACAAGGGCUGUGUGAUAGGAUCCGGUUUGGACUCUUACUUCCGGAUGCCCUCAAAUAUACAGUACUUCCAAACUCAAGUCCAGCCAUAAGCUAUUUUGCCAACACGUCAGAGUAAUCUGUAUUUUUGUAUGUGAUUUCUACUUUUAUAGACUGGUUUUAAAAUAAAACACAUUUUUAUAAAAAUAAGU